AUGAAGGCAAUAGCAAAGAAGCUAGCUUCGUGCAAUGCAACUUUCCUCGGGAGCAAAACGUUUUUAGACACGUACUACGACUUCCCAGACAAAAAGCUAGCCCUCCGAAACAUUUGGCUGCGUCAGCGACAAGACACUUGGGAGCUCAAGACGGGAAACAUACCCAAGGUGAACCCCGUCGACUUCGAGGGACUGGGGACAACGUACUACGUGUAG